AUGAUGCGUUUCUUCGCGUGUCUAGCCGCGUUGGUCGGCACCAAGGUGGUGUCCUCGCACCCUCUCUGUUUUUUCGACGACAGACAGCCGGAUUAUGACCAGGUCUUGACUUUCUGCGACAACUCGAUCACGUCGUACGGUGCCUGCUGCACGGACGAUGAGGAAGCCCUAGUGAUGGCCAACUUCAGCGCAGUGACGCCGGAAGGGGUGGAGCUUACCGGGGAUUGCUCUGAUCUCUACAAGCAGGUGGUUUUUUUAAUGGCUUCUGCAUGA